GGCUGAGGUGGCAGCUCGCCUUCUUUCGCUCUCUCUCCGCCUCCCAGCUUGGCAGGGCCCGGGUGGGUGUGAGGAGACGAGUGCGGCCGUAGCCAAGGAGGUGGGAAGCAGCGCUCCCUCGGUCGCCUGAGUCCAAGCGUGUGAGGAGCAUGAGAGCCAGUUCUCGGGCGCUCCAGCGAGCUAAGCAGGCGCCGUGUCAGUAGCCCCGCUCGCUCGGGCAGAGCUGCCGCCGCUCCUGCCUCAGUGCACAGCAACGGCCGGGACUUCUGCGGGUCCGAGCGCCACCGCCUGCAGAGGCCGCCGAAGAGGGGCAGUGGCUGAGGCUGAAGUAGUGGCGGCGGCGGCGGCGGCGGCGGCUGCCCCAUGUCCCGCAAGGCCAAUGUGGAAUAUACCCUGCGGAGCCUGAGCAAUCUGAUGGGGGAGAAGCGCCGCCGGCAGCAGCAACACCAGGCGUCUGACGGGGGCUCGUCGAGCCUUGGGGAGCGGAGCCUCAUUGCCGCCGCCGAGUCUUGCUCCAGCCUCAACAGCCAAGCGUCGGGCGGCGGUGGCGGCGGCGGCGGCGGCGGCGGCUGCGCGGACCUGGAGCGAGCGGCUCGCCGUCAGUUCCAGCAGGACGAGACGCCUGGCUUCGUCUAUGUGGUAUCGAUCUUCUCCGCUUUGGGCGGGUUCCUCUUCGGCUAUGACACCGGCGUGGUGUCCGGGGCCCUCUUGCUGCUCAAGAAGGAGCUCAACCUGGACGCUUUCUGGCAAGAGCUGCUGGUGUCCAGCACGGUGGGAGCCGCCGCCUUCUCGGCGCUGCUCGGGGGGGUGCUCAAUGGGUGGUGCGGCCGCCGAAUCUGCAUCCUGCUGGCCAGCUUCAUCUUCACCGCCGGAGCUGCCCUCCUGGCUGCCGCUCAGGACAAAGAGACCCUGCUGGGAGGGCGCAUCGUGGUGGGACUCGGCAUAGGUAUUGCUUCUAUGACAGUUCCAGUAUACAUUGCAGAAGUUGCUCCACCCCACCUCCGAGGCAGAUUAGUUACUAUAAAUACACUCUUCAUCACAGGAGGGCAGUUCUUUGCAAGUGUUAUUGAUGGAGCCUUCAGUUAUCUUCCAAAGAAUGGAUGGAGGUAUAUGCUGGGCCUCUCUGCAGUUCCAGCUGUCAUACAGUUUUUUGGCUUCCUCUUUCUUCCUGAAAGUCCUCGCUGGCUCAUACAGAAAGGGCAGACUCAGAAAGCACGUAGAAUUUUAUCUCGGAUGCGGGGAAAUCAAGCAAUAGAUGAAGAAUAUGAUAGUAUUAAGAAUAACAUAGAAGAAGAAGAAAAAGAAGAUGGAGCAGGUGGUCCUGUGAUAUACAGAAUGCUGACCUAUCCUCCAACACGAAGAGAAUUAAUUGUAGGCUGUAGUCUACAAAUGUUCCAACAACUGGCAGGUAUUAAUACAGUCAUGUACUACAGUGCAACCAUUCUGCAGAUGUCAGGUGUUCAAGAUGACCGGCUUGCAAUUUGGCUUGCAGCAGUGACAGCGUUCACUAAUUUUAUUUUCACUCUUAUUGGUGUAUGGCUUGUUGAGAAAGUAGGGCGCCGGAAACUCACACUUGGAAGUUUAGCAGGCACUAUGGUUGCACUUGUUAUUUUAGCUUUGGGAUUUUUGCUGUCAGCUCAGGUAUCACCACAAGUCACCCUUAAUCCUGAAGGCCCUUCAAGUCCAAAUUCUACCUGCACAAAAUAUAGUUACUGUAAUGGGUGCAUGCUGGAUCCAAUUUGUGGCUUCUGUUACCAACUAAACAAGUCGAGUGUUGUGGACUCCUCCUGUGUUCCUGUGAAUAAGAAGUCUACAAUGGAAGCAGCCUGGGGCAGAUGUUCAAAUGAGACCAGACUCAAAACUGAAGAUAUGCAUUGGGCAUAUAACUUCUGCCCUACACCAUACUCUUGGACGGCACUCCUGGGACUUAUUUUAUACUUGGUUUUCUUUGCACCAGGAAUGGGACCAAUGCCUUGGACAGUAAAUUCUGAAAUAUACCCCCUUUGGGCAAGAAGUACAGGAAAUGCAUGCUCCUCUGGCAUAAACUGGAUUUUCAAUGUCCUGGUGUCACUAACAUUUCUGCACACAGCUGAGUAUCUGACAUACUAUGGAGCAUUCUUUCUGUAUGCAGGGUUUGCUUUUGUGGGACUCCUUUUCCUCUACGGCUGUCUUCCUGAGACGAAAGGGAAAAAACUGGAGGAAAUUGAAAGCUUAUUCGAGAACUCGCUGUGUACAUGUGGCACUUCAGAUUCUGAUGAUGGGAGGUAUAUUGAAUAUAUCCGGGUGAAGGGAAGUAAUUACCAUCUUUCUGACAAUGAUGCUUCUGAUGUGGAAUGAUUUCCAGUUGCUGAUGUAUUAAAUCAUUUUGCAGCCUGUGCCAGGGGAGGGGAGGAUGGAUGGCUUGAUGACGCCACUGCCCUGCCUCUGGACAGGCUCUGUUUCUGCUGUCUACAUAGAAACAGUUUCCUACCCUAAACCAUGUCUUGGAAAAGAAUAAAAUACAGCAUUUUUUUUCAAUUAGCUGAAGUAAUAGUUUGCGAAGGGGUUAUUCUGUGAGGAUACAGGCGUUACAACGGGUUGUUAUGCUGCUGUUUCUGAAGCCCUCAAAAUUAUGAUGCCAGAUUUAGUUGAUGAAAUACCAUGUGGAGUUGUCCAUCUUGAAAAAUGCUAAAAAGAACAGCUAGUCAGAAACCAGAUCAAUCAUAAAAGUAUGGUUACCUGGCAACCGAGAUUUGAUACAAAAGUGCUCAGCUUCACUCAAAAUAAGCAGGAGGUUUUAAAAAUCUGCUGCCUGCUGCUGUCAUCGUAAUUUAUUUAAUAUUAUUACUUUUUUAAAGAGCAAAUUAAUCUUACAUGCAUGGAGAAGGCAGGUCUUUGCAACUUUCCUUUUUUUGUUUUCUUUCUUUAGGCAUGCCUAUCUUUAUAAACUGAAAUCUCUUUAACUCCCAUUACUUCGUAUGAGAAAACCUGAGAAAUGUGCCUUUGUGGGUCUCCCGAGAAUUACGAGAAGCGAGUGUGGGUGUUCCUAAGGCCUGGUUGAUAUGUGUAUAUAGUGAUAUCACAAAGGCUGCUUGAAACGCCACAGCAUGGAGGCAGUUUUGUCUUGUAACUGUCCGUGUAUGAAGGUGCUCCUCAGCAGAUCGAAACACACUGCUUCAGCCAUACCACUGCUUCCCAUCUCUCGGUGUUUUGCUUUGAUAAGAUGAAAUUUGCCAAAAGCUGGAGGCUUCCAUAAAACCAGCUACAUGAAACCUGUUGGUGACAAAAAAACCUCCAGGCAUAACACAUACACUGUUGCAGAUACAUUAUUCGCCUUCAGCUUAGGUCACAGUCUCACCAAGUUGGGUUGCAACAGCAGCACAUUGUGUGCUGGAAAGGGAGCAGGAUUAAGAAGUAGGUCCCCAACAGUAUGUGGAAGGCUGUUAGUCCCUGAAUUCUGUCUAUUGAUUUCUGGAAAUAUAUUCAUGUCCUUAAUAACUGAGCAGGGAAACAUGUUUCUCAGAAGCUUGUGAAGACAUUCCUUCUGGGAUAGCAUUUUGGAUGUUUGCAUAAAAAUUCCAUGGGUCUGCACACACUACGAAGAAGACUUUCAGCCCAGGCUUACCACACACUAGCUCUCCAGGAAUAGCUCGACAUGUUUGCUUUCAGGAUCACUCAGUUAUGGGCUUCUCCGGUAGCCUUCUUCAACUGAAGGCGGGGUUCAGAUCCCUCCCAAGCAUGGCUUUCUCUCAUGGGGGCAGACGGGGUGCAGCAGCCCCCUCCCUGGAAUCAGGUCAUGCUCUUCUCAAAGGAGCAGCAGCUGUGCUGUACCUGCCCAUCUAUCUGUGCGUUCACCUUUCAAGCACAUGGACAAGGCUUAGGACAGGACAGGAAGUCAGUAAAUGAAAGGUGGAAGAGAAAGGUGUGUCUCCUUGAAGAAUGGCAAAUGGGCAGCGGCACGACAGGCUCCCAGCAGUGAAUCAGACCCAGGGAGGUGGGAGUCCUGAGUUCAGCAGAGGGCUGCUGUAAUUCAAACAGGACAGUGUGGACUUGGAAGGGACGGCGAGGCUGGCUUUCCGUCAGGCCCAGUCAGUGAACACCAUGGCCUGUUGGACCCUUCAUCUGAUAACCCACAACAGCAUCCUCCUCAUAAAACAAAUGAGCUAAUAGCAUGGUGGGCUUCCCUGCCCUACCACUGCAGGUCCCUCCAACUGAGUUCACUUCAGUUUAAAGCAAAUCCAUGAAUUGUUUUUCAGCACAUGAAAACACAUUAUGCCAGUCCUCUUCCAGUGACACUGGGUGCUGGUUGAAGUCUAGGCUCAAUUCAAAGUGCUAGUACUAAUAUUUGCAGUCCUACCCAUCUUGGGGCCAGGUUAUCUGAAGGAUCACCUCAACCUAUAUGUACCUACCUGUAUCUUUGGGGUCCUGCUCUGGGAGUGCGCCUGCUCCUACCUUUCAGUAUUCUGAGCCAAUGAAUGCAGCCACAGCAAUGUUGAUACAUUCUUUAUGUGGCUGUAUUAACCCUUCUCUGUGUAUUAAGCUUUUAGGGGACUUAGGACAUAAUUGCAGCCCCGUAGAAGGAAGAGUGUAGAGGUCCAGCAGUGUGGACAGAAGUGUGGCUACCAAAAAGCAAAGAUAGCAGCAAAGCCAGAAGUUAAUAAUCUUUCUGUCUUAGGUCAUAUUAAUAUCUUUAUGAGUUUAUAAACAUUUAAAAAUCAUCUUGAGAAUAUAUGUAUCAUUUUUACGUCCAUACUGUAGGAGGCAAAGCUUGUUAUUCAAGGUCUGCAAAAUAACCUAGUGUUGUUGUUCCCACUUUGCACAGGUGUGCAUGUUAGAAUAGUGUAUGCCGACUCUACGGCAAAAUCCAGAGUUACUGAUAUUUUGGGGCUGUGAAACUGACUGUUGAACAGGUUGUUGUGAUACAGAUAUAAUUGUGGCUGUACACAAUUGUGUACAGAUAUAUGUAUAUAUCUUUAAGCGAACUUGCCAUUUUUAGCUCCUCCAGGAUGCCCCAGUGGCCCCCUCCCCAUCUCUCUCUUGCCAUUAGCCGUGGAGUGGAAACAGUAUGCCAUGCAUCUCUAUGUGUUGUAGACAUAAAGGACCUUCAUGUAAACGUAUUUUGUGCUGCCUGUACAGUGGAGCAUAGCGUUUGGCUGCAAGCUGAGCAGGUCAGCUCUCACGCCAAACGUUAGCCAUGCUCUUCAGCAGCCUUUGUACCCAGGAGCUGCUUCAGGGGCAAAAGGGGGUCAUGGAAACAACUGUGGAUGGAAACAACAGAGGGGUAGCCCUGGUGCUCAGAUUUCUCAGAAGCCAAAUCUAUCAGACUUGGCAGACUUGGUGCGCAAGGCCUUAUUGUUGCUCAGCCACCAGAGCCAGGGCUGUUUUGUGAUGCUACGAGGGCUUUUUUAAAAACAUGUACUACCAUAGACAAAAGGUACCAUUUAAGGCAAAAAUAUGCCGAUCUAAAGAACAUUGCUGUAGUUCAGAAUCUAAGCCAUUCCAUGGUUGCAUUGUUAGCUGAUGUAAAAAGUGACUGAUAACAGUGUGGAAAGUUGUCAUGCUGUGUUUUUUCAAACCUGCUUUUCAGUGAGGGUUGGUUGGUUGGUUUGGUUGCCUGGUGGAACUGCAACACUAUUGAGGCUUGUCAGGGGUCCUAUGCUUUAAGGAUUUUCUGUUCACAGGUCCUGCCUGUUUUAUUGUUUCCUGUUGAUUCUGACUGGUGGAUUGGCAAUGAAUUGUUUCAGUUAGUUGGCUCCAAUGUGAGUUUUGGUUUCCAUGAAUUAGGGGGUUGGCAGAGAGAAGGUGUUAAUUACUGGCUUCUUUGCAGUAUCUUUUCCUUGCUACUUUGUACAGUGAAAUAGUGCUAUUUGACUAUUUUUUCAAUAAAAUAAAAGCUUUGCAGAAAUUGCUUCUUACAGUAUUUUGGCAUUUUUGCAUUAAGAUGUUUACCCCUAAUCCCCCUACUAAGGACAGAAACAGCUGCCCCUGCCCCCUCAUUUUUACCUUAGAGUUGGUGCAAGGCCUCAGCCAUUAAAAGACCCCCUUAGUUUCCCAUACUACAGUCCUGAUGCUGCUCUAGAAUAAAAAGGGGGAGUGUACAUUGGUAGAUUGCAAUGUUAAGUCAUUUCCGUUUGGUCCUUAGAGUACCUGUGAUCCAGAAACAGUUUGUUAACCAUGGAAAGUACCUUUUUAGUGAAAACUUAUGCAUGAGUCAGGUUACAGAAAGCUUUUGCUUACGGAGAAAGGCAUUGCUAGAUAAUACUCUGAGGACCCUGCACUUCCAGCUAAUCACAGGAGAGUAAAACUAAAAAGCUCUUGUUUGGAAAUAACCAAUGAUCAUGAAAUACUGUGAACAGUAAAGCUCUAGUAUGUUAUAGUUGUGUGCCUAAGAGAAAGUGACUGCAUAUGUGCCUAGGUUAGGGGCUUUAGCUGUUGCCUUGGUAACUGCACAAAUCAAAGUUUUUAAUCAUACCAGCAACCUCUCCUUCUGCUGAGUAUGUGCCUUUUCUCAUUUUCCCACUGCUAGUUCAGCUUCCUUUGAACAAUAUUUGGCUCGACAGCUUUCAGAAUCAAAAAGGAUAAUAUUGUCAAACUAAUGUAUACGUUAUGAUUACCUCUGAAUAAUGGCGAGCCCCACCACCCAUGCAAAGGUAUCUACCUUUGCAUAUCCUCCUUUAUGCUGGAAAAAAAGAACAGUUCACCCACUGGUAAAUAGGUUUUCUUCAGCAGAGGUCAUUUUGAAAGGUGAAUGAACGUUGUUCACUUGUUUAUUUUUGCCAGAAUUCUGCCUCCUUUUAACUUGGAAGAAUAACAUAGUCCUAAAAAUCAAAAUAGCCCCAAGCUAUAGUGUUUUCUAACUCCAUUGGGUAAAUAAUUAUAAUGGAUGUUAAUAUAGAUUUAAGUAAACAUUUACUAGCUCUGUUUUGGUUGUUGCUGCUCUUAUUGUUUGGAACCCAUAACUUGAAAUAAUGAUCCAUAUGUGGCCGGAGCUCUGAACCUUAUUGGCUGACAAACAUAUCUGGAAUGUUGUCCUUGUGAGUGUUCUGAUAAAAUGGCCACUAUGUGGAGCUUGCUCAUUCAGAAAGUAGCUGCCAUAGCAGACAUAGUAAGUGAUGAACUACCCAUCUUCCAAAGUGAUGAAACCAAAAGAAAAAUUAACAUGCCAUGAACCUAAUAAAAGGGAGGUGUGUGGACUGAGUUCCAAGACAGAACCCGGAUUUUUCUGCUUGGGCAUUCAUUUUGUUGAAGGCAACCUGAUAAGCAAGUGACCUGACCGAGGAACUGAGGUCAAGAGUCCACAUUCUACAGGCAAAAUCACCUGUUUGACCACACAAAGCACAACAAAAUACUUCACAAAAGGAAACUGGCAGUGCUCUGAGAAACAUGCACACACAGGAAAAACACACACCACACUAAAGCAAGCAGACAAGCCAGCUAGCACACACCAAAGAACCAAGCCAGCCAAACUGACACAUACACACACUCUGCCAUGCUCUCGCAUCCCUUCCCUACGGCUCCACCUCUUAGCCCUCCAGGAUACUUCUAACUCUUUUUUGCUUUGUUAUGGCUGGUUGAAGAUGCUUCACGUGAAGUGCUGGAGUCUACCACCCAUCUCACCAUUUUUCUUCUUUUAAGAAGCCUCUCCUGCCCACUGGGACCCAGGGACAUUCUUGUUAAUAGAAAUGCUAUGUGAGGCCUGUGGGCUGCUUUGCAACUCAUCAGCAUCCUAGUUAAGGCAAAACCAAGGUCAAUAAUUAAAUAAACUUUUAAAAUGAAGAAAAACCAUCAUGAGAAGCAAGAGCUAGGAGGGCACCCAUAGAAAAAUGAGUAUUAAGCUGGACGGGUAUAUCUGAUAAGGGACAUUUUCCAAAUGUACCAACUAGCCAGCAUUUCUGACUGUUCUGCAUCAUCCUUCAUGUGCAGGUUCUUGUAUCCUAAUGCCCAGUCCUUUGCCCCUUGCCCAUCUUGCAGCUGAACAAGCUAGAAAUGAGGAACUACAGCUCCUUGUCACAUCCGAACAUAGACCCUAGCUUCUUGUCGCUCACCUAAUAAAGCAGGAAUGAGAAGCAAACUUCAAACCUUGGCUUCAGCCACUGUCUGGGUGCAAAUGCCCUGCUCAGCUUGUAAUGAGCUGUUUUACUUCAUGACAGGUGCAGGUUGCAUAUCCAAACCUGCUCUGGGAUUGUGUUGUGCCAACCCAGCAAGCAUGACUUAGGCCAGGAUGUUCUUUUUUUUAAAGCUCACAUAAGGUGAAAAUAGGCCAUGGGUUAUGUGAGGGUUGCUGAGGGUUGCCUAAGCCUUGUGAAAGCCGAGCUGACCAGGUUCGCAUGACAUGGCAGCCCUCAAACAGGGGUUGCAUAUUUAAAAUGGCAGCCUCAAGGGGGAUACUUAAUCCACUGUGGGCUGUUGCAUUUUUUGUACAGUCCCUCUCGUUUGCUAGGAUUGCAAGAAACCAAGAAUCUGGCCUCUGACAUUACAGUGAUUUUUUCCUCAUUAGUUUGCCUGAUGCAAGGAGACAAAUGCAUGGCAGCAGGGAGCUCAGGCAGUGUGGAGCAACACAGUGCUCAGAAAUUCUGGUUUUUAUGUCUGAAAGCGGCCUGUCUGAACAUUUUUUCUUUUGUUGUAUGUAUGCAUGUAUGUUCUCAGCUGGGCGAUGUUGCUUCAGUUGCUAGAAUAUGAAUGUGGAAUUAAAGGAAUGACCGGAAUGUUUUUAAUCUUAAUUCAAUGCAGUUGGAUGUAGAAUUACUCUUAAGAACCCCAUUAUGACUAAAAUGUAAUUAUAGCAUAUGUGUUCAUUUCCAUAGGUUGGGACUGUGAACCACUCCGGACAUUAGUUUUUAAAACAUAAAAUGUGAAGUUUGCUUUUCCCUUGUAAUAUGAUGUUUUGUCUGCUGGAAGGGAAGAACAUAAACUUGUUGCCACACCUAGACAAAAUCCAUCUCCCUAUGCGACUGAUUUAUGACUGCCUCCAUUGCAGAGUAUUACAGUGGAAGCCUGGAAAGAGAAAUUUCUACUUUCUUUAGUGCUGCUUAUAAACUUAAAUUAUAAAAGCCAUAAGAACUGCCCCAAAAAUUGCUCCAUAUAAUGACUUUUCUUCCCCUGGCUCUUUCUCUUACCAUCCAAAUGCCUUUUUAACUUUGAGAAUACAACCAGAGAAGUGCUGAAAAAGCUGUCAAAACUGGGGAAGCAUAUAUAAUGUUUCGGGAAGGUUCACAAUUUAUAGCAGCUCUCUUCUCUUCACAGGAUGUUUUGACUUUCCCAUUCAAAUUGUCUGUCUGUGGUUCCACCAAAUAUACAGUGUUGCCUUAAAUGGGUUUAGUCUCUUCCUGCCUUUAAAAACAAAGUCAGGAAAAGUAAAUAAACCAAACCUUUUAUGACGAAACUGGUUUCUGUCUUGCCUAAAGUUCCUCUUAGUUUAGAUAAAAUGCAAGCAUAAUUCCCAAACAUGUUGUUGUUCCUGCGACUGAGUCCAGUAAUACCCAUGUGCCAAGCUAUGUGCUGCCUUCAGUAGGGACAGUCCUUAAAUAUACCUUCACUGGUUUGCCUGCCUAAAGCCUUAAUCUAAGAAAAAGCCUCCAGCUUGAGUGUUCAAGGUAAACAUGAGGUCAUUCCUAACUGAUCUCAGUACUUUGCAGGCUUACUUACAGUCAGGAGGAGUAUGGAUGCUUUACUGGUGAUUCCUCUCUCUUCUGCUGGAGUUACCUACUGAGGAAUAACAAUAAUUACUGAGAGCUUGCCUGAUUUAAUGAAAGGAUGAUCGCUUUGACAAAACCUUGCAACAACCCAGUGUGCUGAGCUUUGCAAGCUAUGAUCCAAUUUAUACAAACUUUCUGCUUAGGCCUUUAUCAACGGGAAAACCAUUAGCCACAGUUCUAGUUCCUUGACAUUCUCUUAAAUGGCAUUCAGCCAUGCACCACUCUUUUUCCGAAGCUUCUUAGCUUUAUCUUGGUAUGGAGUACAUUUUUUUUAAAGUCAGCUGUGACAUUUCCCCAGCCUCUACCUUUUAGAAGGUGAGAGCAGAGCAUUUCAGCUUACUAACGACAGCACAAAACCUGCAGCCACCUUUCUCGAUCCCUUUGUUUUUCUUCUGGACAUUCUUGUUUAAGUCUUCCUUUCAAUAUUGCUUUAUGCGCUAAUCCUGCCUUAGUCACAGUACCAAGAAUUAUUUAUAAUAAAGCUUAAUUAAAUUAAUACUUGAAGUAAGUCCUACAAAAUUGGGUUUUAUUUUUAGAAUCUGUGAAUUGUUAUAAUGAAAAAUAAAGAUGAAAUAUUUAUAUUUUGCAGCAGAUUUUUGUUUAUAUUUUUUGCAUAUAUUAAUUUUAAGAGGACUAUGUUAGAGGCCUAGAUUUAGUAUUCCAGAUACAAUUAUUUAAUUAGAAUGUAUCGGAUUACUUUGUUAUACCAGGAAUUUUAUUUUUAAUAAAACAUGAAUAACAUGCUCCAGCACAACCCUUAGUGAGCCUUUCUAAGUAAAGCAUACCAAUUUCCAGUGGUCUGUAGGUUGUAUCCAAAAUAAUUGAAGUCCCAUUCAUUUCAAUGGGCCUACUCUAAGUAGGGUUAACAUUGGAUACAACCCCGUGUUUAAUGGUUUCAGGUGGUGUGCCAUUUUCUUAAACAGAAUUUGACAAAACUGAAAUACAUCAGAGUAAUCCAUUGCUACUAAUCCAUUGUUUCAGUCUAGCAAGAGCAAUCUGCAGGUGGAAGCAGGCUUCUUCAGAAAAAUCUGCUUGGUGGAUCAGGUUGUCUCUGUGCAGGAAGGUGCCGAGCAACUUCCAAGCCACGUGCAGAGUUGUGUGUGCAGCGUUCCGUAGCAUAAUAGAAGAGCAUUUCAGAUAGGACAGGUGACGUCUUGUGAUGGUGAGGCGAAGGCUAGCCCCUAUCCCCGCCCUCGGAUGGUCCAUCAAAGUUUCCUAUGCUGGCUGCCUGGGUCAUACAUGUGUGUUCCCAGAUUUCCCCACAUAAGCCACUUUAGGCUAAUGAGCAUGUCGGACACAUCAGACAUAGCACAUGCUUGCUACAAAGUCAUUGCUCCUUAAUUCUGCCUCCCCUCCCCCUUAGCAUAUAAAAAUUCUGUUUUUGUUAGCAGCUGGAGCAGAUUUAAAUACUAUCUUUAAGUUUCUUGGAUAUUUUUUACAAUUAAUUUGUAAAACAUGAUUAAAUAGAGUAAGUCCUUUAGGGAUUUCAUAAAAAUCUGUAGCCGUGCUUGUCAAAUCUGCACUGUGCUUCAUUUUUUCCUGUAAAAUAUACUAUUCUGUGAAUUUCAGUGAAAGCAGCAUUAUAAACCUCAUGAGAACAGGAUGCUUUAAGUGGAAUUUAUUUUGAAAAAUAUUCAUAUUAGGAAUUGGAAGUCACUGUGGUUUUAGGUCUAAGAACCUUGGGGAAACACCAGCCACACUAUUUUCAUCUCUACCCACCAUAAAUACAGACAAGAUGUUGUAAUUAUGCUUACGGUAAAAACAUUAACAUCCAGAGAAUCCAUCUGGAUUAGUGGGUAGCAUACAAAUCUGGAAGGAAGGAAGGAAGGAAGGAAGGAAGGAAGGAAGGAAGGAAGGAAGGAAGGUGCACUAGAGGGAUUUGAAAUGUAAAUAAACUAACCAAAAUAGUUAAACCUUCUUUCUAUAAAUGUAAACUAUUGCUAGGACCCUUCAGGAAGCACAAGGACCUUCUCAGGCAUGGAUUAGCUCUCUAGUAUAGUAAAACAAAGAGAGUUUGAAUGCUUAAAUGAAAGCUUUAAAUCUAGAAAUUUGCUGACAUUAUAUGGGCCAGAAUUGCCAAGCAAUGAAUGUACAAGUCAGCAUUGUGCACCUAUAUUACCUGAAAUGGCCUAAAAUGUUUUGUUUAAAGCCAAGAUCACACUAAAAUUGCAGAACUGGAAGGAUUUGAAAGUGAACUCUACCAUUUCAAACAAGCAAGCAAGCAAACCCUAUCCAAGGAAGCCAGAAUUCCCCUCCAAAAUUUGACCCAGCUUGUGAUUUGCUGGGUUCUGCUUUUCCUUCUGUCACUGCUCCUGCCCCUGCCCCUUUUCUGAAACCUUCCUGGUGAGGUGAGUGGAGCACUUGUGUCAGGAUGUAUCCAUGGGCCCAUCUCAGUGUAUUUGAUGAAAAUUUCUGAGCACGCUUUGACACAUCCACAGCAGCUAGGAACCCUCAGAUCCAGGCUUUUUAACAUCCCAUGGCUCAUUCCAUUCAGGCUAGGCAAACUAAGACUACAGUUCCUGGGAUUCCAAAUUUUUCAUAGACGCUUUCAAGCAUGUUCCUCCAUCUCCAUUGUGUCCCCAGUAACAACAGAGAUUUUAUCUGUCAUCUCCUGCCUUAUGCUGUUUGUAGGUUCCUAAUUCCCCUGUCUUAGCUCAAAGUAAGUUGUUGUUCCCUGAAAUAGCUUUAGAAAUGGGAAUGGUUUUAAUUUUAGGUCCAGGACAGUUGAGCACAGUGGCAGGGAUGUCUGUCCAGGACUAGUCCAAACUGGAUAAUCCAAGAAUCACUCUUUCAUUUGACUAGAGUUCACUUUGGUUGCAUUCCAGGGAAGUGCCCCCACCAACCCCAUGUUCUUGCACAGCUUCCAUUUGAGUUAAGGAACCUGAGCAGGAGAGUAUUGUGCUUGUGCUUGUUGUUUAGAAAUAGUUUGUAGGUUGUUUUAAAACGUUUAGCAGGGAUUUAUAAUGUGUGAAUGAAAGACUCUCUGGUCCCCAGUGACUGCCACCUGGAUUGCUCUUUCUGGUCUGCUACCAUCAACAGACCAACAUUGAUUGCAGAAGUUCAGGGGCAAUGUUUCCACCACCCAUCACCAUCACAGACCAGUGGGGGGAAAUAGAUGGGGUCCAGGAAGCUUUAGGGACUACAGUGGCCAAAGGCUGCUUGUAGCCUCAGGGUCGCAGAUUGUGCGUGCCUGAUGAAACAUAAGAGAAGAUGCGAUGAAAACAGUGCUUCAGAAAUUAGACACUGUGUAUUAUAAAGGUAUUUUAAUAUGAAGAUAAAAGAACUGAGAUGCACUUUAACACUAACAUGUCUUUGUGCAUUUUUAUUUUGCCUCUGUUCUGGAAAUGUAUUAGGCCAGAGGCAGUGAGGCUACAAUAUAUGUUUUACAGUAAAAACAAAACAAAAAAGAGUGUUAUUGCGGGUAACUUUUACAGCUUAAAUGUAGCUACUGACCAUAAAAUGAUUCUGAAUUGUUCUUCAGAUUUUUCUAUAGAACUUCAUAGCCUUCUGUAAAGUACCAUUUGGCAUAAUUUACAGAAUGGUGUGUGUUGCAGCAUGCUUUAAAAGGAGGAAAUCAGCAAAAUAUAUACUUCUUGGUGAACAAAGUUCUGGUACUGCUGAAUGAAUUCUUUAAAAGUAUUUAUGUAGAUUUUAAAACUCAGAAAAAAUAUUGGGCAGUUAUCUAUUUUGUGUAUUUUCACAUAGAGAAAGAAUUUUUAAUGUGCCAAUAAUCAUCACUGUGGUGUUUUUGUAAUCAAGUGGAAAUGUUGUUCAGAAGUACUGUAUAUGAAAAUAUUUUAGCCACCAAAUUUGUUAGUCAGUUUCAAAACACAUUUCUUGUUCUGAUGCAAAGGCAGUAAGAUCAGUGUAAGAAACUGGUUUCUAUAAAUCUUUUUGUAUGUAAUAAUUAUAAACUAUAUUACACUAAAGAACAGGGCAUGUGUAAUGAUGAAGCUCUAUCUAUCUAUCUAUCUAUCUAUCUAUCUAUCUAUCUAUCUAAUGUUGGCAUACAUGUUUUCUUUGGGGUCUUUUUUCUAUAUUGGAGUUUGAAAUUUUAUUCAUUUUAUGUAACAUACCAAAGGCAUUGAGACAUUGCACAUUAGCUGUACAAAGUUGUCUACUUUGAUAGUCAAAGUUGUCUACUUUGUUGUUCACUGCCCGGAGAUCUUUGGCUAUAGGCUGGUAUGGAAGUUACAAAAUUAAAUAAACACAUAAAUAAUUAUUUUGUGUAACAUCUGUAUUGGAGCAUCAGUCCUGCAAAGUGUCUAAGCUGCUUUAAAAAAAACACAGUUCCUUGCCCAUGACAGGGUUCAUGUCAGGGAAAGGGAUCAUAUUCCUUUUCUUGGAAAAAAUGUACUCAUACUUAACCACCCACCCUUCUAGCAGUCUGAAGUGGCUGGUCCAGUGGCUCCUGUUUUGCUAUGCCAUGAUCUUCUGGUUUUCCUUGGAGGUGAUUCUGGCAGAGAGCUUUCCAUGUGAAACCAAGAUGGUGAUGGAACCAACCACCUCCAAAAGACAAGCAUGGGUGGGUGGAGUCCUCAGCCAUCCCUUUCCUCAGCAUUUCACACUUGUCAUUUUGCUUCUCAACCAACCAAGCCUAUAAUGUAUAAAAAGUGGUGUACAUUUUAUGAAAAUGUAGUGAUAAAAAGUUGAAUGUUUUUAUGUUUCAAUUGCUUCACUGAAAGUUCAGUCUCUCUAUGUAAAAAUAAAUAUCUUUUAAAAAUUGUCUGACAAUUGUAAAUGAACAAAAUAAAAGGCAGUUGAUUACAGA